UCGCUCACUCUGACUUCGCUUCCUCUCCCUCGCGCCCGAGGAUUGUAUCAUCCGUUUAGCCUAGCGGGCCGGUUGUGUGUGCGCCGAAACAACUGAUUAAUAUGGCGAACAGCAUAGCACCAGACUCGUGGGAACAGCAGGCGGACACGAACGGCGACAUCGUCGGCCCACCUACGUCGCAGGACAAGUCCAUCGAGAGCAAAUUCUCCACCCUGAAUGUCAACGCUGCGGAAUUCGUGCCUUCCUUCUGCAUCAACUCGUCGCCGCAGAGCAACGUCGCCGCGACGGCGACGACGACGGCGGCGGCCGACAGCAGCCCCUGCAACGUCGCGACGACGACGACCACCUCCGUCUCCGCUACCGCCGCCGCGGCCGCGGCCGCGGCCGCCGCUGCCGCUGCCGCCGCCGCCGCAGCAGCAGCCGCUUCCUCCGCAUCCGCCACGAUGAACACUGUAACCAUCACCUCCGUGCCCGUCGAGAUACAUCAUGGAAAUUCUACUCCUGUUGUUCUAUCAGAUCCAAUCGGCAGUCGAGUUGAGGAGCCUCCUGCUGGGGGAGGGGCUCCACCGCCGAAUGUCAAUGACCAACUAAAUACCAGCCCGGAGCACCAACCUGCAGAUUCUUGGGAAGAAGCAGCAGUGGAUGGAGAUCCUUUACUUACUCCAGAAAACGAGGAAGCCGAUAACGAUGAAGACGAAGAACUGGUUGUUAAAGUACCCAAAAAGAAACCUGUAAAAGUAGCGGAGGAUACUAAAAGCAAAAAGGAACACGUCAACGUUGUUUUCAUAGGACACGUGGAUGCUGGAAAAUCAACUAUCGGAGGCCAGAUCAUGGCGCUUACGGGGAUGGUUGACAAACGUACCUUAGAGAAGUAUGAGCGGGAGGCGAAAGAAAGAAGUCGAGAAACAUGGUACUUAAGUUGGGCACUGGACACAAAUCAAGAAGAAAGAGAAAAGGGAAAGACUGUGGAAGUAGGGAGAGCCUACUUUGAGACAGAACGAAAGCAUUUUACAAUAUUAGACGCACCCGGCCAUAAAAGCUUCGUACCGAAUAUGAUCGGCGGCGCGGCGCAAGCCGAUUUAGCAGUCCUCGUUAUCUCCGCAAGGAAAGGCGAAUUCGAAACGGGCUUCGAUAGAGGGGGUCAAACGAGAGAGCAUGCUAUGCUUGCUAAAACCGCGGGUGUCAAACAUCUGGUUGUAUUAGUAAAUAAGAUGGACGAUCCUACUGUCGAGUGGGAUGAGGGCAGAUACAAUGAAUGCAGGGAUAAGAUACUGCCAUAUCUUCGUAAAUUAGGAUUCAAUCCUGCGAAAGAUCUUACAUUCAUGCCAGUUUCUGGUCAGCUCGGUAUUGGCUUAAAGGAUCCGAUACCCGAACAUCUCUGUAAUUGGUACAGCGGCCCACCAUUCAUACCUUUUAUCGAUUCGCUACCCUCGCUUAACCGUAAAAGCAAUGGACCCUUUAUCAUGCCGAUCGUCGACAAAUACAAAGAUAUGGGAACAGUAGUAAUGGGCAAGGUCGAAGCAGGAGAAGCCAAAAAAGGACAGUCAUUGCUCGUAAUGCCAAAUAGGACGGCAGUAACAGUGGAUCAGCUGUGGUCAGAUGACGAGGAAGUAACGUCUGUCGGACCUGGAGAAAAUGUGAAGAUCAAGCUGAAAGGCAUCGAAGAAGAAGAUGUCAGUCCCGGAUUUGUUUUAUGCGACAGUAACAAUCCUAUCAAGACCGGCAAGGUCUUUGACGCGCAAGUAGUGAUUCUGGAACACAAGAGCAUUAUUUGCGCGGGAUACAGUGCGGUCAUGCAUAUUCAUUGCGCCGCGGAGGAAGUCACGGUAAAAGCACUCAUCUGUCUGGUGGAUAAGAAAACGGGCGAUAAAAGUAAGACGAGGCCAAGGUUCGUCAAACAAGAUCAGGUGGCUAUAAUGAGAAUCGAGUGUGCGGGAGUUAUAUGUCUCGAAAGAUUCAAGCUAUUCCAACAAAUGGGCCGGUUCACUCUUAGGGAUGAAAAUAAAACUAUCGCAAUUGGCAAGGUGCUGAAGGUCGUCGAAUAAAAAAAUCUGCUUAAAUGUUACGACAGAUUAAUAAUAAAGAAAAAAAAUGAUCAUUAUUUCAAUGUGAGAAAUGUGACGAUGCAAGGCGAGCACACGAGAUAUUAAGCAAACCAAACGGGCAUGAAAUUCUGGUGAAUUAGUAAUAAUGUAACAUAUAACACAACUCACACCUAUGUACCGCAGAGCUAUACAAUACGUGCGUCCGCGUGCUAAAGACGCAACGGGUAUGGGGCGGGGGGUGGGGGCGGGAGAAAGGAAAAAAAUAUUUAUAGCCUGAUACAAGAGCAAAUAGAUUCGAUUAUAUAGGUAAGGAGACAUACCAAUCGAAAAACUCAAGAGCGUGUGUUCCUUUUAUUAGAUAAACUGAAUGGUGGUACUUGCAUUGGAAUAAUUAUAAACGGAUGAUAAUGAUCAAAUAAUUAACCGUGUCUCCUUGAUAAUAAAACAAGAAAAACACGAUAUUUUUAUUCUUCUGAGGUGCGACACACGGAAGUGGAGUAAGUGAUUGAUAUCGAUUGCGGAUUAACAUUAAGGAAAUAUAUGAUUAAUAU